GUAGGAAAUAGUCGGUUCAGAACUUGGCGCUAAGUUCCAGUUUCCUGGUUUCAACAUGGGGACCUCAGUAGUUAGCAGCUUGGGUUUGAGGGAAGGGUUGCAAAGAAAUAUUUAAAUAUAUUUAAGUUGCCUUUCUUCAGUACAGGGCACUCCUGACCACGUCUCCAGGUGUGGCCGUGGCCUUGGCUUUGAGGCUGUCCACUCAGGCCUCCUGCCUUCCCCGCACGGCUGGAUGUGUUCUCACUCUUACAAGAGUUAGGGAACGGCAGUGAGCAGGUGGCAGGCUGGUGAGGGCCUCUGUCCCCUGGAGUGCCCAGGAACUUUGGGUCUGAGGAAAGAGAUUUGGAGACCCUGGAUUGUAAGAUCUCCUCUAGGCCCCAGCACUCUGAUGGCAGCCUCUUUCCAUAGAUGUUUCAGGGUUGUUCCUGUCCGUGUGCUAUAGGCAAGGAUGAUUUUAGGGCUCUCCAGAUGCCUCGCCUCCUCCCCAGCUUGAUGGCUGGAUUACCGGCUCUGACACCAGUGGCUGUCUUGCCUCGUUUGCCCCCAAACCUCUAAUAAUAGUAACAGGAACGAUGCAGGGUCUCUGUGGAAGUCUUCCUCUGACGGCCGCUCUUCGACCCCACUAACCGGGUAAAUCCUCACGGCGCACAGCAUGGGUAUCCCGAGUUGUGUUGCCAACCCUGCUCACCACCUUUGCCACCCAACAGUCCUGCUGGACGUGCCUGUCCUUUAGCGGGCUGGGGGACAGUGCUCCUGCCAUUCCGUACCCUGAAGACGAGGCUGUGCCAUUGUCGGGGCGAGCUUUGUGGGGAGGGCCAACGGGCUCUUCCGCCAUUGGCAGGGUAUUGGGAAGGCCUGUGCCUCUUGCUCCACAGCUCCUCUGACCACUAUCCUAGAACCUUCUCCCCAUUCCACCUCCAAGGCACUGACCCUACACUGAAGUCUUUCCCACUUACCCGCCAUAACGUCACCCACUCUUGGGCUGCUGGAGGCAUUAAUACUUGGAGAUAAGGUGCUAACCUAUAGGGAUUCCUUAUCUCAGCCCCAUUUUUUUUGUGAAGCCCCGUGAAGGCAAAUAUCCUCUCAUCCCACCCUCUGGUGCCAGAGCCAAGUGUCCCCCCGGGCAGGGGAGCAUGUGAGCCGUCCUGGGGCUAGAAGCCGGUUCUCCCACAUUCCAGGGUGAGUGACUGGGUGGAGGGUGUGCCCGCCUCAGGCUCCUUGGGGGAGGCCCCCUGAAGGGCUGGGGAAAAUCCUACCGCCAGAGCCCCAGGCUCUCCCACCACCCCCACCCAGUGGCCCAGUGGAGGGGGGCCUGGACCCUAAGCCCCUCUCCUAGGCGCCCAGCAGUUUCAGGGACAAAGAGGAGAACAUUCCAUAAGGUGGACUUCUUAGUUGUCUGGCUCUAGAGAUAAAGAAGGGGGCAGCUCCGGGGAGGGGAGGUCACCAUUUGUUUGAGGAGUCAUUUCACCCACUGAGGUUAAGCUUGGCCACGAACCACCCAGGCUUGUGGCAUUAACAAAGGAGGUGUGGAAAGAGACACUCAUAUCCUACAUCUUAGGUGCAUAAAAAACUAGAUCUGGAAGAGAUCUGAGGGAUUAUUAAGUCCAGACCACCUUGUUUUCACCUGUGGUGAAACAAGCAGAAUCCCGCAGCUGGCGAGUCACCUAACACACGCCUCCUGCCUCCUCUUCCCCAUCCUCUGUCCCCCCCCCCGCUCAGGGUCUCCAGUGGGGUCUGUGUUCAUAGACACAAAGGACUCACUGUGCCCGUGGGGAGGGCAAGGGCCCGGCCGACCGCCGAGCGGGAGGACCCUGAAGCAAGACACGCCUGCUAUCCUCGGGCAAGAGCACCAGCCCCCCCACUUAGCCAGCGCCGUGUGGCCUGGGCAAGUCACGCAACCCCUCCGAGCUAGGAUGCUCUCAGCUUUAAAACGGGGACAAUCAUACAUUCCAUACAGUGUUCUUGUGAGGAUUAAGUGGAGACUAGAGCUAGGAUGCUCUCAGCUUUAAAACGGGGACAAUCAUACAUUCCAUACAGUGUUCUUGUGAGGAUUAAGUGGAGACUACGUUACAGGUGCCUGGUAAAUGGUGACUACUGGGCGUUCCAUUUUCUUCGUGGAAUGCCGGGACCCAGGGAGCCAGGCUUCCGGCCACUAGAGGGUAGCAGACAGGUGCCGGUCAACUGGGCCGAGGGCGGGGAGACUAGAAGGGAGACCUGACGGCGAGGGAUAAACACGGCCACGCGGAUUCCAGCACCUGCAGCCGCCCCCAGGGUCCGAGGGCUCCAGCAGGGGCGGAGGGAGAGCCAAACCUCUCCAGAAGUGGCUGCAGCAGCCCUAGUGCUUGCAUGGGGUGCGGGCAGGCAAAGCGUGCGAAGACGUUUCCACCAAAGUAGAUGCCAGCGAGCAGGCUGCUGGGGGCGCCGGGGACGCUGAGGACGCCGGGGCCCUAGGGUAGGCUGUAGGAGCCCAUGAAUACAGCCUAGCCUAGCGUCUGGAGAGCCUUCCAGCAGGAAUCCUGAGCGUUGUGGGAAAAGUUCCCAAACGCCACUCUCUGCUCUCCCUACUAGGCCCCCUUGUCCUCAGAUCUCUGCCCCGUUUGGGGACUAGCAGUCCUCCUCCCCAGUUCCACCACGUUCCCUUCCCCUCUUCCAGCCCAUCCCUGGCCUGGCCCCCCCGGAGGAAUUUCCUGCGCCAGAGGGUGGCCGAAAGUACAGAUGCCCACCCCAGCAACUCUCCUGCCCCCCGCCCAGGCCAGUGCCCUGUGCCCAACCCCAGAGGGUGCGGGAUGACAGACUCUGACAAUCAUUAAACCAGCCGGGCCUGAUUUCCCAGCACCGCCUGCCAGGAUCCGGGCCAAGUGGCACAAAAUAUGCAAAUCACCUGGGCCCAGAAGCCCGGUCUAAAGGCCAGGAAAUCCCCUCCGUCCAAUGAGCCAGCAGCUCAGGUUACCGCCAGCCGCGCUAUAAAGGCCUGGGCUGGGGCGGAGCUGCCGCAAGCCUCUAUUUAGGGCGGGUGGGGGAGCACCUCCGAGCUACCUGGCACAGCUGCGGGCCGCCCGGAUUUCUCGCCUGCCUGCUGUCCCUUAGUCCUGCCUGCCUGCCACACCCACACCCCGCCACUCAGGUAGCCUCAUGGCUGCGGCCUGUGAGAUUAGCAACGUCUUCAGCAACUACUUCAGUACUAUGUAUAGCCCGGAGGAGCCCGCGCUGGCUUCUGUCCCCGCUGCCGCCACCUUUGGGGCCGAUGACCCGGUGCUUAGCCUGAGCAACUCCCAGAUGCCUCUGGAGGGCACAGAGAAGGCCAGCUGGUCGGGGAAGCAGCCCCAGUUCUGGUCAAAGGCCCAGGUUCUGGACUGGAUCAGCUACCAAGUGGAGAAGAACAAAUACGACGCAAGCUCCAUCGACUUCUCGCAGUGUGACAUGGACGGGGCCACGCUCUGCAACUGUGCCCCCGAGGAGCUGCGUCUGGUCUUUGGGCCUCUGGGGGACCAACUCUAUUCCCAGCUGUGGGACCUCACUUCCAGCUUUCCUGAUGAACUCAGCUGGAUCAUUGAGCUGCUGGAGAAGGACAGCAUGGCCUUCCAGGAGACCCUGGGCCCCUUUGACCAGGGAAGCCCCUUCAGCCAGGAGAUGCUGGAGGAGUGCCGGCAGCCCAGCCCCUACUUCCCCGGCAGCUAUGGCCCUGGAGCCCCCUCCCCCGGCAGCUCCGAUGUCUCCACCACAGGGACUGGGACUUCCCAGAGCCCCCACUCCUCAGACUCCGGUGGAAGUGACGUGGACCUGGAUCCCAGUGACAGCAAGCUCUUCUGUAGGGACGGCUUUCCUGACUAUAAGAAGGGGGAUCCUAAGCACGGGAAGCGGAAACGGGGCCGGCCCCGAAAGCUGAGCAAAGACUCUCGGGAGUGUCUGGAGGGCAAGAAGAGCAAGCACGCCCCCAGAGGCACCCACCUGUGGGAGUUCAUCCGGGACAUCCUCAUCCACCCGGAGCUCAAUGAGGGCCUCAUGAAGUGGGAGAACCGGCAAGAGGGCGUCUUCAAGUUCUUGCGGUCAGAGGCAGUGGCCCAGCUCUGGGGCCAGAAGAAGAAGAACAGCAGCAUGACCUACGAGAAGCUGAGCAGGGCCAUGAGGUACUACUACAAACGGGAGAUACUGGAGCGGGUGGAUGGCCGGCGGCUGGUCUACAAGUUUGGCAAAAACUCCAGCGGCUGGAAGGAGGAAGAGGUUGCCGGGAGUCGGAACUGAGGGUCCGAACGGGACCCAGGACCAAACGCAUGGACUUGAGGCCUGCAGCCCCUCCUGGGAGGACCACCAGGCCCCCACCAUUCGGGCAUGCCGGGGCCGUGCUGUGGAGAGAAGCUGAGGUUCUGGGACCUUAUUCAGCUGUCAUUCUGGGAUCCGGGGCUUGUGGCCUCUCCUGUCUGCCCUCCUCUUGGAAUUACGAGCGCUGGGGUUUGAGGUGACUUGUCGGCUGACCAUAGCUGCCAGCGCAGCUCCUUUUACUGGUGCCUCCUCCUACCCAACCCAGACAGCGGCUACAGACAGUGCCUUCCGCCCCCAGAUGCCUGGGCAGAGCCAAGGAGGCCAGGGGAAGCCGCAGGGGCGCUGUGAGAGGGGGCCUUACGGGGUCCUCCUGCCCCCUGCUUUCUGGACCGGCCUCCACCUCAUUGCUUGGACUCCGCAGGCAGGGGUCAGAGCACUCCCUAAUUUAUGUGCUAUAAAUAGUCAGAUGUACAUAGAGAUCUAUUUUUUCUAAGACAUUCCCCUCCCUGCUCCUCUCCCACCACGGGUUCGUGGUCAGACAGACUCUUCUAGGCCUUCAGCUGGGCCAGCGAGGGGCGGGGAGAUGCCUGGACCCUCAGGAUGGGGCUCCCGGCUCCUUUCUCCUGUGAAUGGAGGCAGAGACCUCCAAUAAAGUGUCUUCUGGGCUUUUUCUAA